UUCCUUGUUCUGCAAAAUGAAAAUUCAGUACGUGAAGUCUCAGUAUUCAGACACACAAGUAUCUCUGAACCAUUCUGGACAGCUUCGUCAUGGUGGGACUGGUGUUGUUCAUCGUUCUCAUCGGUUCCUUUCACGAGAUUCAAAUUCAAGCUCUUCUUCAACCUAAACUGGUAGUGAGUCCUCCGGUGAUCACAGAGACAGACACAGUCACACUGGACUGUCAGUGUCCACCUGAUGCGUUUCAGUGUUUUUUCUACACUGAGGGAGGAGAAACCAAAAUCUCCUCAUGUCUGAAGACACUGCCAGGGAGCGAGCUGCUGCUGAUGGCAGGUCAGAGUUCCCCCGCUGAGGUUAAAGUGAGAUGUUUUUACGCUGUAAGUUCUGGAGAUACACAUCCUCCGUCUCCACACAGCGAAAUAUCCUCCAUCACCAUACACAGACCUCCUACUUCAACUCCUGUAACGUCUACAAAAGACAUGAUGAUGUGGACACUGAGGGCACUGGCAGUUACAGCUGUUUUUGCAGUCACUGUGGGUUUCAUCUCACUGGGACUGACCCUUCUCUGCCCCACAAGAAGAAGUGGUACCGAGAAACCGAAAAGACAAGAGCCUCAAUAUGAACAAUGGGACAUUUACCACCAGUACGACACCAUCUCCGAGGAGCCGCCUGCAUCAGCCCCAAACAAAACGGUGUACAGCACCCUGCAGCCGAUUUAGAGGAAGACACAGGAGACUGCCCAAAGAAUUGUUUUUAAACCAUGUGUAAUUUUAGCCUCGUCUAUCAUACAGCAUUUUAUGAUCUAAUACUGAGAAAAAAUGAUGUGGUUAAUGUACAUGGUCUAGUGUUAAUCUGCAAACUGACAGGAAACUGCUGAGUCUCUGCUGGCUGUCUCUUUUUCUGUCAGAGAGGGACCAGCAGGUCGAGGUUGAGGGGUGUCACUCUGAACCUUAUUGAUUACUGAUUACUGCAUGCUACCUGAACAGGCACCUGCUGGGAUCUUCAUAAACAAAUUGAAGUGGUGGAUUUGAGAUUCCUGAAAUAGUUUAUAAUGUGCCUGUGGUUAUUGAGAAGCCAAUUCCUAUAACAUGGCUUAUAGCAGACAACAUUAUAAGUCAUAUAGUGUUUGGAAAUGUACUCCAUUGAUAUUUACUGUAAUAUAUAAUAAUAAGGAUGGCAUAUGUAGCUUCUCUACUACAAUAGGUCACCAAACUUUUUCCAAUCUAAAUGACCAAUUAUAUUUCAGUUUGUCAUGGCCGAGAGAAAAACAUUAGUAUCUGAUUUGCUUCGAACGUGAGAGGCUGUUUCUGUUUGUGUCUCUGUUCCAUCACUUGGCUGUUGUUGAGCCUCUCUGGGUUUGGAAGCAGAUUUGGAAUCAGAAACCUGGAUAAGAUAUUAUUGGCAUUGGCAUUAUUCAAUUUGUCAUUGCUGCUCCCUACAUUUUCUUUUGUAUAACAUUUUAAAAAAUGUAUACAUUUCUCCAUUUAGACACCGUCUUUUCUCUGUUAUAUUGUUAUUCUGUCGAUGUGCUCUGCUACAUGUGCCAUCUAUUGCACUUCUCUCCGUCCUGGGAGAGGGAUCACUCAAAUGUGGCUCUUUCUGAAAUUUCUAUGUUUUUUUCCUGUUAAAAGAUUUUUUUUUCUCUUUAGUCUAUAGUUGAGGAUUAAGGGCAGAGGAUGUUGCACCUUGUUAAGCCCUAUGAUGCAAAUUGUGAAUAUGG